UCGUUAAAUGCCUGUUCCUUUUAACUUCUUACACAAUUCAUCCUUUCUCUUUUUGUUUUCGCUCGUUGGACAGAAAAAGCGAAGAGAUAAACAUGUAAAGUUUAGCUAAAAGGAACAGACCUAAGGUCAUCUCUUUCUCUUUUUCCCUCCUCCAGUGGCGUUGUUGGUUGGAGCGAGUGUUUUUCUAACGGAAAAUGGGGAAUCACCGAUGUCACGUUAUUCCGCCGUAAUACGACGGCUUAUUCUGUGCAAAUGCUAGCGCGACGUGGUCACGACCGGGUAAAUACGUGUCGCUUCUCGCCGAGGGAGGUCGAGGCCCGCGUGAACGUAUUCAGCGUGUCCGGAGCGUAAUUGUGGCCGCGCGAACAAAAUGUGAAGGUUAGCUAACCUCGCGCAUCCAGGACGAGUGAGCGCAUCCUCGGCAGUGCAGGCGAGAGACGAGAGGAUUCGUCGAGGAACGUGAGUGAGACUCACUAGAAUCAACGUGAUCCUACGGCACAAGAUCACGCUCGUCGCAACUCGUCCCCUAGCGAUUCCUCGGUCUUUCGACGUGUCGCACGAUGAACGACGUCGAGAACGCGGAGAACGACACCUUCGGUUCGUACUGCGCGCUGUUGGUCGCCUUCAAGACCAUGAAGGAACGUUGCCAGCAGUUGCAGAUGCGAUUGGCAGCGGUGGAGGAGGAGAACAUGUGUCUUAGGCUCGAAUGCGGCAGGGACAUGACCGCGCCUGUUGUCAAAGUCGACAAGAGUGACAGGUCUGCGCUACAAACUCUGCAGGAAAAGGUAGAGGAACUUACAAAGCAAAAGUCACAAUUGUCCCAUCACGUUUUCAUGGUGGCUGGGGAAAAUCGUCAGUUGUGGAACAGAUUAACGAGGCUAACAAAAACCAACAAAUCCUUGGGCAGCCAGUUGACAAAAAUCUCAGAUAUGUUUAAGCAGCAUCCUGCCACUCAGCCAUCUGACAUUAUUUCGUACAACUUUCGCGAUGCGUCAGAUAAACAGGAUGUUAACAAGACAUACUUACUAACUACAGAUGGUGAAAACAUCUUCGUUGUUGUAGGUGAAAGAGAGCAAAGCUUGGAGGAAAUAUCUCUCCGACUAAUAAAUAGUAUCAUGCUAGAGAAGUCUGAUCUCGAGCAGCAAUGUGCAGAGAUGGUGGAGUUGCAUAAUACUCCAGAAUUAAAUUUACAAAAUGUUGGUUUCACGUAUCCAGAAGAUUCUGACACAGAUUCGUUGGAACAACUGAAGCAGCAUGAAAUUAGAUUGUCUCAAACUAAGGACGCCUUACUUGGGCAGCAAACUAGGUUAAAAAGAGCUUUGCAAAAUAUGAAAAAAAUGAGGAAAGGGAUAAUAUGUAAUAAUUGCCGAAAGAAUGCAAAUAAAAAAAUGUGCCAAACGGGUACACAAUUCGACUCCGAUGAUAGUUUCAAAGAGCAUGGAGCUACUCAGACUAGUCUCAUGACUCCUAGUAUUUCUAUGGAAAAGUGUUCUAAUCUGAAUGAUAUGGAUGAUAUCAAUACUUGCCCGUUAUGUGGAGCUAUUUACAAAAAGCCGAUACCGUUUGCAGAAUUCCAUGAACACGUUUUAAGUCAUUUUACCAAGGAAAUGCCGACAGAGGACUUUGAGCUUGUACAUUGAUUUCGAGAGAGACAAAAGCUAGUGAUUGUUACGAAAUUUCCUUUAGAUUUUAAAGUGUCAAGAAAAUUUAUGGUAAUUGGGAAUAUACAAAAUAUUGAAUUAGAAACAUUAUAUGCGUCCGAUAAUAUUGUAAAUUAUAAAUUGAGACAAUACUGUGUGUUGCAAAUUUAUUUUUAUAUCGAUAAACGCAAUCACGAAAUGAAAACAAAAUCUUUCGUAGCGUAAAGACACUAGGUGUAAAUAUAAAUAUUUAGAUAAUAAAGAACGAGAAUAUUUUUAAUCUUCGAACAUUUUAGGUAUUUACUCACAUCGACGGGCGUGUGUCCCGGCUUUUGUCUACAAAAAAUUUUAAGUCUGAUUUCAUAUACACUUUAUGCAAGACGAGUAGGUUUAACCUCCUUUUUGUCUGAUGGCUCCUGUGUUGUUGGCUCCAACAAGUUUUGGUGAAACCACGAUGGCCUUUUCUUUGGCAUCUCAAUUAUCCUCUGAUUCUGGAAUUAAAAGCAGAUUAAAUCUAUAUUUAUGUAAACAAAAUUGAAGUAUAUAUAUACUGACAUAAAGUAAAUUCUUAAUACCUU